CUUAAGCCCCGUCCCUACGUCGACUGCCGCUGCUGGGUUCGGUUCAUCUUCCUGUUGUCGCCGAUCAUCGCUAAAGGAAUGUCAGGUUGUGCGCUAACGACGAUCCAAUGUGCUUCAAUGCCUCCAAAUAGGAAAUAUGAUUGAAGUUCUAAAAUUUAUAGAUUAACCCCUUGAUUUUCAAGUUAUUUGCGAUUUGGAUAUUUGAUCCUAAAAUUUAUUUAAUGAUCACAAGUCUAUACAAAGUUACAAAACUAAUGAAUCGGUAGUAAUUAUGUGUUGAACUGAUAUGGUUAAUAUGUCACCUAGUACACUUAGGUCGAUCCGGGUUGAAUUGAAUAUUUGAAACAAUUAUGGCACAAAUGAUUUGAAACUUAAGGUCAUGCAUGUGUCGGCGUACAUCUGAUGGUCUUCAGGGUUAAAGCUAGACUGGCCGGGGUGGGAGCCAAGCGCCAACACGGCCAUUGAUGGUCUUGGACGAAGAGGAAGUUCAAAGUCAAGCCAGGGUCCCAGCGGCGCAACGUCUGGGGCCACAAGUGCCGGAAGCUGGCGAGUUCCAGGAUUUGAGAAAACAGAUCCAGGAGAUGCAGAGGAAAGUAAACAGGGGACGAGUGUUCACUACCCGGACGAAUACUCCGCUCGCCCCUGAGAUCUUUGCAGAACCAUAUCCUCGGGGAUUCAAAGUGCCAUUUGUCAAGCGUUAUGAUGGGGAAUCGGAUCCCCAAGAACACAUAAAUAGCUAUGUCCAGGUGAUGAUUGCCGUUGAUGCCAGCGGUGCGUUGAUGUGCCGAUGUUUCUUGCAGACGGCUGAUAGCAAGGUCGUGGAUUGGGUGAAUCACAUUCCGGCCGGAUCGAUCCGGACUUGGGAUGAGUUGGGAUUGCGGUUCCUAGAGCAUUUUGCAGGGAACUGCCGUCCCAAAAAGCAUUUUACCCACUUGGCCUCAGUGCGGCAGAAGCACGGGGAGUCCUUGAAGAACUUCCUCGUCAGAUGGAGAAAAGAAUCCAGGGAGGUUGAAGGAACCGACGAUAAAUCCAGGUUAGCCAUGUUCACGGCAGCACUGCAAGAUGGUCUCCUUCAUACUGAUCUCACAACCCUUCCCCCAGAUACCUUUGAGGAAGCAAUGGUACGGGCCGGAAGGUAUGCGACCCUGGAGGAGAGGAAGGAGGAGAAGAAAGAGAAGACUCCCAAGGAAGAAGAGAAGGUUGGAAACAAGAAGCCUUUCAAGAACAAGAAGCAGGGCUUCCCGGAUGGACCUCGGAGAAGCACAAAUCUGCUAAUCCAGUGUUUACAUUACCGGUGGCCGAGGAGAUUCUGGGAGGUCUUUGAAUGGAGUCCAGCUGAUAUUCUGGGUUUGGAUCACAAGAUCGCAGUUCAUCGUCUCAACGUUUUGCAGAAUGCUAAACCGGUGAAGCAGAAGCGGAGGCAUUUGUCGCAAGAAAGGAGAGACUUCGUGAAGAAGGAGGUGACAACCUUGCAGAGUAUUGGACACAUCCGGGAGGGUGGAAAAUUUCUGGGGCACAUGGUUAGCCGAAGAGGGAUUGAGGCUAACCCCGAAAAGGUAAGGGCCAUCAUGGAGAUGGAACCGCCGAAGACAGCGAAAGAGGUCCAGCGGUUGACGGGGAGAUUGGCGGCCUUGAAUCGUUUCCUUUCGAAGGUGGAAGAGAAGGUGCACCCAUUCUUUACUGUAAUCAAGAAGAAGGCGACCUUUGAGUGGACGCAAGAAUGUCAAGUGGCAUUCGAAGAAUUGAAGAAGUAUCUGGCGAGUCCUCUGGUGUUAUCCAAGCCGGAACCUGGGGAUGUCCUGACGUUACACUUAGCAAUUGCAGACUGCGCCAUCAGUACUGUGAUUGUAAGAGAAGAGAACGGGGCCCAACAUCCGGUCAACUAUGUCAGUAAGACCUUGAGAGAUGCGGAGCUGAGGUAUUCCCGCCCCGAAAAAGCCAUGUUAGCGGUCUUCUGGACGGCGAAAAGAUUAACCCCGUACUUUCAAGCUCACCGGAUUGUGGUACUCACCAAUGAGCCCUUGGCAUCACUUACGCGAAGCCCAGCGGCAUCCGCCCGAAUGACUAAGUGGGCGGUCUUCAUUAGCCAGUACAAUGUGGAGUUCAGGCCGCGUCCGUCAAUCAAGGGGCAUGCACUCGCCGACUUUAAGGUUGAGUGUACGGCCAGGGAGAUGACAAGAGCCCGGGUUGACACCCGAGUAGAAGAUGACUUGAGGGUGAUAAGCAUCGACGGAUCUUCCGGGUCCCGAUCCUGUGGAGCAGGUAUUGUCUUGACCACUCCAGAAAGUUUCCGGAUAUAUUACGCUAUCAGAUUUCAGUUCCGUGUGUCCAACAAUGAAGCCGAAUAUGAGGCCCUAAUUAAUGGAUUGAAGAUUCUCGGCAAGCUGGGGGUGUCCAGAGUCCAGGUAUAUAGUGACUCCCGCUUGGUUGUGGGACAAAUCAGUGGGGAGUUUGAAGCAAAGGAAGAGAGGAUGAAGAAAUACCGAGACUUGUCCUUGGAAAUGUUGGGAAAAUUCGAGUAUAAGCUAGAGCACAUACCCAGAGCGUACAACACAGAAGCUGAUGUUUUGUCCAAGCUUAGCGCUGAAUCGCCGGAGUAUAUAAGCAAGUUAGCAACCGUGGAGGAGUUGGCAACCCCCAGUCUCAACAGGGAUGAAGUGCUCUGGGUAUCAGCCGAUCCCCCGGAAUGGUUAGACAGGUUGGCUAGAUACAUUAAGGACGGGGUAGCCCCGGAAGAUCCCCUAGAAGCCCGGUUGUUGCGAAUGAGAGCACCCACCUACAAAGAGCUGGAGGGAAUCCUUUAUAAGCGGUCCUAUAAUGGUGUUUUACUCCGCUGUCUUAGAGCGGCAGAAGCAAAAGCGCUUAUGGAAGAGAUACAUGAGGGAGUAUGUGCGGGACAUCAGGGCCCAUACUCUAUCUCUAGAAGGGCGAUAAUCCAGGGAUAUUUCUGGCCGACGAUGAGGAAGGAUUGUGAGGAGUAUGUGCGCAAGUGUCCGACUUGUCAGCAGUUUCAAAAUAUACCCGGGAGGCCAGCCACCAAUUACACGCCCAUUAGUUCGGUGAUCCCUUUCUCCAGGUGGGGGAUCAAUAUCGUGGGUGCCCUGCCGAAAGGAAUUGGACAAGCAAGGUGGAUAUUGGUGGCCAUAGACUAUUUAACCAAAUGGGUAGAGGCUGAGCUACUUGCUGGGAUCACAGGGAAGCAGAUGAUCGACUUCGUGGGAACCAAUAUACUUUGUAGGUUUGGGGUCCCGAAGCAGAUCAUAUUCGACAACGAAACUCAGUUUGAGGAAGCAGAGUUCCAAGACUUCCUCAAAACCUGGGGAAUUCAGCAUACGAAGGUAUCCGUAGCCUAUCCCCAGGCUAAUGGUCAGGUGGAGAACGUCAACAGGACGAUUAUAAGUGGGAUAAAAAAGAAGUUGCUGUCGGAAGGGAGCAAAUGGGUGGACGAACUACCCAGAAUCCUAUGGACGUACAAGACCACUCUAAGAAGGGCCACGGGUGACACUCCUUUUGGCCUGGCCUAUGGGUUUGAAGCCCGGGCACCAGCUGAAACGAUGAUCUCAACCAGGAGGGAAAUGACAUAUGACCCGGAAGUGAAUGAACAAAAUCAGGCCAUCGAGCUGAACUUCUUAGAGGAACGAAGGGAUGAAGCACGAAUCCGGGCAGAGAAUUACCGUCGCCAGGUGAAAUCUUACUUUGAUAGUAAGGUGAAACCGAGGGCGUUCCAGGUGGGGGAUUACGUCCUAAGGAAGCGAGAAAAGAGUCAACCAACUAAGGGUGGAAAGUUGGCCAAAAAGUAUCAAGGACCUUAUAUCAUCAAGGCCGUUGUUCGCCCAGGCAUUCUCAUUUGUUUCAACAAUAAAGAAUUUCUUUCCUCUAAAGCCAAGUGUCUUUGCAAUUCCAUUGUUCUGUAGAUUUCUUAAAAAAAAAGGGGGGGGGGGGAGAACACCCCGGGCAAGAUAGACCCACAUUACAGAGAGGUAGAAAAGUUUAUGCCACCUACUAAAGAUAGGGGAGGUAG